AUGCCUGUUCAACCUGCCAACCAGAUGGGCCAAACCGCUCUGCAUAUAGCCAUUGAGAGGCGCUGUAAGGAUUAUGUUGAGUUGCUGGUACAGAAGGGGGCUGAUGUUCAUGCUCAGGCCAAAGGGCGUUUCUUUCAACCCAAGGAUGAAGGGGGAUGUUUCUACUUUGGUGAACUUCCCCUGUCCCUUGCUGCUUGCACCAAGCAGGAUGAUAUUGUGGACUAUUUGACAGAGAAUGUUUAUAAUAAGGCAGAUUUGUGUCGUCAGGAUUCCCGUGGUAAUACAGUUCUGCACGCCUUGGUUGCUAUAGCAGACAAUACAGAAGAAACAACCACAUUUGUAACUAAGAUGUAUGAUCGUUUGGUCGUUAAAUGUGCUAAGCUGAACAAAGAGUGUAGAUUGGAGACCAUCCUCAACAAUGACAAGAUGUCACCUCUCAUGAUGGCAGCCCAAUUGGGAAAAAUAGAUAUAUUCCAGCACAUCAUCCAACUUGAAAUAAAAGACGAAGAAGCUCAACACCUCUCACGGAAGUUCCGGGAUUGGAAUUAUGGCCCUUUGCAUUCUUCACUUUAUGACUUGGCUACGCUGGAUACCUAUGAGGAUGGGGAUUCCGUACUUGAAAUACUGGUUUAUAAGAGUACAGCUAAGAACCGCCAUGAGAUGCUGGCAGUGGAGCCCAUAAAUGAACUAUUAAAAGAAAAGUGGAAGAAGUUUGGUGCUGUUUUUUUCUACCUCAGUUUUUUUGCCUAUCUCUUUCUCAUGAUCAUCUUCACAUUAAUUUCCUAUUACCGACCCAUGGAAGGCACGCCCCCUUACCCUUACAGAACAACAACGGAUCACUUGAGGCUUGUAGGAGAGAUCAUUAUUCUGCUGACUGGGAUAGUCUUCUUGAUUGGCAACAUGAAAGAUCUUAUUAUGAAGAAGUACCCCGGGGUAUAUUCUCUAUUUACUGACGGAUGCUUCCAGCUGCUUAAUUUUAUCUACUCUGUGCUGGUCAUUAUCACAGCGACUCUGUACCUUGCUGGUAUUGAAGCUUACCUGGCCGUUAUGGUGAUUGCCUUGGUCUUGGGCUGGAUAAAUGCUUUAUACUUUACACGAGGCUUGAAGCUCACUGGGAUGUACAGCGUUAUGCUUCAGAAGGUCCUGUUUAAGGAUUUAUUUCGCUUCCUGUUGGUGUACCUGCUCUUUAUGGUUGGAUAUGCAUCAGCUUUGGUAUCCUUACUGAAUCCAUGCACAAAUGAGAUGAUAUGCAAUGAUGGACAAGAAAACUGUACUGUCUCAGAAAAUCCUUCCUGCCAACACAGCACCACAUUCAUCAGUUUACUGCUAAACCUCUUUACAUUGACCAUUGGGAUGGGAGACCUAGAGGUGAUCAGCCAUGCCAAGUACCCUGCAGUCUUCAUCGUUCUGUUGGUGACAUACCUCAUCAUCACCUUUGUUCUCCUCCUUAACAUGUUAAUCGCUUUAAUGGGAGAGACCGUCGGGGAGGUGUCCAAGGAAAGCAAGCAGAUCUGGCAACUGCAGUGGGCUACCACAAUCCUAGAUAUAGAGAGGUAUCUUCCAGCUUGCAUGAGGAAAGCCUUCCGCUCUGGAGAAGCAGUCUUUAUUGGACCGAAAGAUGAACGCUGGUGUUUUAGGGUUGAUGAGGUGAACUGGUCCCACUGGAAACAGGAUAUUGCCACUAUUAAAGAGGAUCCUGGAAAGAACAACUUGCAGAGAGAUCGGCCGUUAGUGGGGAAGCAUAAAGCUGACCAACAUUCAGAAGAUGAAAAGUUGCUUCCAGAAAAAGACCCACAAGCCUAGAAUCAUAAGAAGAACUGGAGGAAUAACCAAACAUAAAUAUAAGUGAAUGUGGCACAGAGAAGAGCUCUCAGACGUGGCACAGGGCGCAGCACUUCCAUAUUAACUGCUCUAGCAUGGUGACAUACUGUAUUUUUCAAGUCUUCGCAAUGCUUUUUGUAUUAUCAGAAUAACUAAAACUUACAUGGCUUUUAAAGUGCCACAGGUCAUAGAUUCUACAGUGUGUGGAUAAAGGUAACACAGAUCAUAAAUUCUGCAUUCUCUGGCACUUUCAGAUUUACAGACAUUUUAUUGGCUUUUGAAGUAAAAUGCUUAAAUUAUGCAGAACCUUACAGGUAAAUAGGGUUGCCCUUCGGGUGGGGGGAUAGGAGGUGAUGUUACACAGGGGUGGGGAAAU